AUAGUUGAUGAUGCAAUGAAAUAUUUCAAGAAGUUGAAGAUGCUUGCUGAACAGCAGCAAAAACAGCAAUCGUUGAGUCACACUGUGUGCUUAGAGGCACGAACGUUACCGACCAAAAGUGUGAUUGUGUAUUGCGAUCGAGCUGAAGUGAAACGCAUCGUGAGGUGUAACUUGCAAGAAGGUCGCAAUGAAAUCAUCGUCAAGAAUGUUUCAUCGGUGAUUGAAAGGCAAUCGCUCAGAGUUGAUGGCCAUGGCAAAGCACAGAUCCUAGACGUUCUCUAUCAAGAAGUAUCGCUCGAUGUGAAUUCAGACGAGAACGAUAAGAUUGUUGAGCUUGAAGAUAGCAAGAAUGAAUUAGAGGCAGAAAAAGCAUCACUUGAUGAUCAGUUGAAUAUACUGAGGAAACGAGUCGAAGUGCUUGACGGUGUUGCAUCUCAGAUUGGCAGCAAUAUGUCACCAUCACUAAAUCCGUCACAGUCAUCCUCCUCUUCGAACACAAAUCAACUGACAGCCUCACCCAGCAACAUCACCAAUCCGACGUUCGUAAUCAACGAAAACACAAUUGCCAAUUUAACUAACUUCCUCGAUUUUUACGGGCAAACAACUGGCGAACUAAAGGCAGAAAUACGUAAGAAGACAAGGGAAGUGGACCGCUUAGUUCAAAAGAUCGAUCGACUCGAGAAACGAAUCGAUCAAAUGCGAUGUGGUUUUGAAUACGAUAGCGUUAAACGAAAUCUGAGCAUCAUUGUUGAAACGGAUGUGGCUGAACCAUCAGAAUUUCAUGUCACUUAUCAAGUCUAUUGUGCGAAUUGGAAACCGUGCUAUGAUCUGCGUGUUCUUAGCGCAUCCCACGAACAACAAACGACUUCUCUGACGAUGAGCUAUUUUGGCGUUGUCGAACAACACACUGGUGAAGACUGGAGAGAUGCGGAGAUUGUCCUGAGUACCGCAAUACCUAGUGUUGGUGGCUCAGUACCAUCGUUGCCUACAGUCGCAGCUGGUUUUCAGUUUAAGAGAGGCCAAACGAAUGCGUCGUUGAGGAGGAAACCGAAUAGUACGCCGAGUGAUGACGAUUUGGGUUUUGGCUCAUUCGACUACAACGAUCUGACGGAUGCUGGAGCUUUACAACGAUUAACGGCUGCGUGUGGAGCACAACCGAAUUCCGACUUUGAUUCCUCAACAAUCACUGUAAUCAUUUGUCAAUCUUUACUUGCCAUGUUGCUUUGCCUUCUUCGUGAUACAUUGCAGAAAUACGAUCGCUGUCCAUCGAUUUGUUUCGCAAUCGCAUACCCGGCCACUAUUCCAUGCGAUGGCUCUGAACAAAAACUUCCAAUAACGAAAUUAGAAUUGAACGCCAAAUAUAUUCAUGAGACAGUACCGACACGUGUUGCGGCUGCAUUCUUAACAGUUCUAGCCACAAACACGUCAACGUUACCCAUACUGGCUGGACCAGCAUCCGUUUACCUGAACAACAGUUUCGUUUCAAAGAUGCAACUAGGAUGUGUACUCCCUGGCGAGGAAUUCUGUUGCAGUCUCGGAAUUGAUCCGUCCAUUAAAGUUGAAUAUAAAUCGGCUAAAGUUCUGAACGAACAAAUUGGUUUCGUUUCAAAGUGUGUUCUGCAAACUCACGAUCAAGGUGUAAUUGUGAGAAAUGCGAAAGUGAACGAAGAAGUUGAACUGGUUGUUCGAGAGCAUAUUCCAAAAGCAGUUGACGAUAAGAUUAAGGUCAGCAUUCUCAGUCCUGAUUUACGUCAAUCGAAUGUGGAUGCCUAUCUGAAUGUGGACAAUAAUCUGGAAUGGACCGUAGUGCUUCAGCCAGGUGAACAACGUGAUCUUCACAUCAAAUGGUCAAUUGAAUAUCCGAUCAACGAAACUGUCAUCUACAGAAAACUUUCCUCAACUAUCUACAACUGA